AUGAAUAUGUUUUGUGUGAUUGUGUUGUGUGUCUUGAAUAUAGUGUUAACUCAAGACAACUACUUUGUCGACAUCACUAUAAAACAAGGGAUUAUAAGAGGACUAAGAAUAAGAAGUGCACAAAACAGAGAAGGGUUUGCUUUUUUAGGCAUUCCUUACGCUACCCCACCAUAUGAUCGCUUGAGAUUCAAAGCACCUGUACCUCAUCCCGGAUGGAGUGGAGUGUUGGACACCACUAACUUUCGGCCGAUGUGUCCACAACUGGAUUCACGCGGCAGUCAAUUGGGAGAUGAAGACUGUCUAUUCCUCAAUGUCUAUACACCCGGUGUUGUUAGAAACCGAAAACCAAACUCACAAUCAUUACAGCUUCCGGUUAUGGUUUAUAUACAAGCCGAAUCCUUUGAGAACGGCGACAGUGCUCUCUAUGGCGGAGAAUAUCUUAUGGAUAAAGAUGUAGUUGUCGUCACUUUUAACUAUCGCGUCGGCAUUUUAGGAUUUUUAAGUACUGAAGACGAGGCGGCUUCAGGUAAUUGGGGACUAUUUGAUCAAAAACUGGUACUCGAGUGGGUUCGCGAUAAUAUCGCCUCAUUUAAUGGAGAUCCUAAUUUAGUAACCAUUUUUGGCCAGGGAUCAGGUGCCGCUUCUGUAAUAUACCACAUAAUAUCACCAUUAACUCAAGGGUUAUUUCAUCGGGCGAUAGCACAAAGUGGUUCAGCCCUAUGUCAGUGGGCUCUCGAGAGAUCUCCGUUGAUGUUUGCCAGAGAAGUGGCCAAAAGUGUUGACUGUCCCGUAACCAGUAAUACUAAUUUAGUCAAUUGUUUGCGGAAAACACAUUACAGUCUAUUAUUGAAUGCUCAGAGCAAAGCUAAGACUUUUGGCGAAUUUCCACAUCGUUCGGCACCAGUAGUUGAGAGGACGGGUACCAAAAGGUUUAUUCCCGAUGAACCAACAAUUUUAUUAAAUUCUGGGAACUUUCAAAAAGUACCGCUAAUUAUGGGUCUUAAUAGUGACGAAACCGCUUUUUUCUAUCCGCUAUUGGCAAACAAUCGAAAUUUGAGAACAGAUCCGAUGUCUCUCGAGAAGAUAGUUUUGCCACAAUUCUUGGAAUCGACGACUCGAUUGAAAGGUCCAAAACAAAGAACAGUUGUUCAAACAGUUCUCUUCAAAUACUUCAAUAGAGUUGAUUUGAUUAACAUUUCAGAUAUUAGUCACCGAUUUAUUAAUAUGAGUUCAGACGCUCUUUACACGUCUUGUAUCGAUCAGACCCUUAAACUGUAUUCAAAAGUACCCGAAACGCCUGUUUAUAUGUAUUUAUUUGCAUAUAAAGGAGCAAAUAGUUUAGUAAACAUUUUAGUUGAUAAUUCAAAAACUAUGUUUGAGACCGGCGUCUGUCACGGAGACGAACUCUUCUACUUAUUUGAUCUUAAGAUGAGUUCUCAGAGGUGGACGUUCAGCAAAGAUAUGCAAAUAAGGGAACGUUUGCUAACACUUUGGACUGAUUUUGCCAAACAUGGAUAUUCACCUCAAUUUGCGAACUAUGAGUUCCCCCGAUGGUUGCCAUAUGAUAGUCAAAAACUUAAUUAUUACCGAAUCGGUAAUGAUUUAAGACCUGAAAGUGGUUACCGACAGUCAGAGACCCACUUUUGGAACAAUCAUUUGCCGACACUGAUUGGUGUGUCGCCUAUAGUACAGCCCUUAUCUAAUAAGGGUCGGCCAUACGCUACCUUAGCUUAUACUAUGGUUGCUGUCUCUAUAACUUUACUUUUACUAAUUGCUAUACUAUUAGCAAUACUUUAUUACCAAAGAAAAAGACAAAGUUUUAGCGCUCAACCACAAGAAGGCUCAGCCAUUUCAUCCGGUUCUUCAUUUUUAUAUUAA